CCUGGGUUGGAACGAAAUCGUCAAAAAUAAGAAAAUAACAAUUAUUAUUUCUCAUUAUUUCACAAUAAUUGAUAACAAAUGAUUUUUUUAACAAAUUAUAGUACAGACAGCUCAUUACAGUUGAAUUGAAGCACCUACACAGAAAAAACCAGAAACCACGAGAUUCGAUCCCGUGAGCUUUUCUGCUCCAAAAAUCUCAGUAACAACUCAUUUCCACAGACAGAAACAAUCUUUCGAAACCGUACAGAAUUGGCCUAUUAGGGUGCAAUUUAGGACCUUUUGCCGCUGUAUAUUACAGUGAAAUUGAAGUUAUUGUGAAGCUAUAAGCAAUCGUUUGAUUCUAAAAAACAGAGAUUGGAGUUAUUUUGAAGUGAGGAAAUGGACAGAAGCGUAGACAGCAACCCCUUGCUGGACACAAGAAGUAAUAGUGAUAAUAACAAUAAUAGUAUUAGGAGGAUGGCAGCUUUGCAGGGGGCAGCGCGGUUCAUACGGAGGCAGAGCAGCAGGAGAAUAAUGAGAGAACCGUCGGUUAUGGUGCGCGAAACGGCAGCGCAGCAAUUGGAGGAACGACAGACUGAUUGGGCACAUUCGAAGCCCGUGGUGAUAUUGGACCUUCUCUGGAACCUUGCCUUUGUUGCUGUUUCCGUUGCGGUUUUGGCGUGUAGUGUGCGUGAGAGGCCGUCUUUACCCCUUAGGGUUUGGAUUGGGGGAUAUAUUCUUCAGUGCUGUUUACAUAUGAUUUAUGUGCUUUACGAAUUCAGAAGAAGGCGACGUAAUUUACAGCGGAUCGAUUCCGAGGAAGAGCCACCAACGGAAGAAACUAGCAGUGUAAUAAAGCGGCUAGAAUCUGUAAAUACAAUGUUUUCCUUUUUUUGGUGGAUUGUUGGAUUUUACUGGAUAAUUGCUGGUGGGAAGUCUCUCGGAGUAGAUGCUCCUCGACUUUACUGGCUUUGUGUUGCAUUUCUAGCAUUUGAUGUAUUUUUUGUAGUAUUCUGCAUUGCCCUCGCCUGUGUAAUCGGGAUUGCAGUCUGUUGUUGUCUACCCUGUAUUAUCGCCAUUUUAUAUGCUGUGGCUGACCAGAAUGGUGCCUCUGAAGCAGAUAUUAGCCUUCUUCCAAAGUAUAGGUUCUGUAGAGCAGGUCCUUCUGAGAAGAUCAGUGGUGAAAAAUCUCGACCAUGUGGAGGAAUAAUGAGUUCAAUAUCUGGAGAAACUACAUCUGAAAAAGCUCUUGAAGCAGAGGAUGCUGAAUGCUGUAUUUGUCUUUCUGCAUAUGAAGAUGGUGUCGAAUUGCAUGAACUUCCAUGUAGCCACCAUUUUCACUGUGCAUGCAUCCAAAAGUGGUUGCGCAUGAAUGCAACAUGUCCUCUCUGCAAAUAUGACAUUGUGAAGAAUAGAGAAGACUGUAACGUGUAAAAUCCUCACAAAAGUAUCACAGUUUCUCAGGGAUUGACAAAGCUCAAACUUGUUGACUUGUGGCCUGAUGUGAUUCAUAAAUAAUUUAUAUACUGUAAAUGCAUGUGGAAUUUUAAAUGGAUGUAUAGUUUGUAAAUUGGAACACUGCUAAGCCCCCUUCAUUUUUCCUUUAGGUAUCCAAUGAUUCACGAAAGAGUUAAUAAAUUUACAAGUAUCUUUUGUUAACAUAAUGUAUACAUAAUUAUUCCUUUGUGCAAA